AUGAUCCUGUUGCACCAGCGAUUGUGCCAGUGGAGUUUUACAGGGCUGCCAAAUGCGCUUGUUGGCCUUGGCUUGAGGUUGGACCUCUUGUUCUUGUCUGUUCAUGGGGGUCAGUGGUUCCAUCAUCAUCCCAUGCGCGUGAAGGCAACAUCCUCUUCCUGUCUUGCAUCCUUCGUUGCCCCAAAUAUCGACAAGGGAAUCGACGAUCCUUCUUCAAAUGUCAUCUUACUUUGA